CGGAAGUCGUAUCUUUCUUUUGAAGAUAGUGAAGUGAUUACGAUUGUUUAUCUCAUUUUUUUUGUUGCCUUUGAAUCAACAGACUUUACCAAUUUGAUACCUUUUUCUCCCACAGACUGGAUUUUACGUUUUAUAUCUUGCAUUUUAUUAUUCUGGAUUGCACCUUUUACUGGAUACAAAGCAAAAAAUGUGGUCAUAUAUUUUCGGAGGUGCUCCAGCUAAAAAGGAGCUACCCAAAAAAGCCAUUGUUGAUUUAAGAGGACAUAUUUCAAUGUUAAAUAAGAAAAUAGCCCAUUUGCAAAACCAGAUCGAAGAACAAGACAAAAUAGCUCGUAAGAAUGUGGCGACUAAUAAGAAUGUUGCCAAAACUGCUUUAAAGAGAAAGAAAAACUAUCAAACACAACUAGAAAAGUACGAGUUACAAAUUGACUCAUUAGAGUCGCAGUUAAUCUCCAUAGAAAGUGCAAACUUGAAUUUGGAAACCAUGAAGGCCAUGAAACAAGGUGCAAAGGCUAUGAAGGCCAUACAUGGCGACUUGAAUGUGGACAAGGUUGAAAAUACUAUGGACGAUAUUAGAGACCAAAUUGAUUUAUCAAACGAGAUUUCCGAAGCCAUAUCAAGACCAUUGGGUCAAGAAGCAGAUGAAGACGAACUUGAAGAUGAAUUGGAAAAACUACAGUUGGAAGAAGCAGAAACUGUUCCAAUAAAGAAUCAAAAGGAAAAAGAAGAGCCAACAACUACAACAAAAUUGCCUUCAGUUCCAAAUUUGCCAUCGCCUUUAAAGAAUACCAAGAACAAGAUUGAGGAAGAAGAUGAAGAUGAAAAGGCAUUAAGAGCAUUGCAAACAGAAAUGGGAUUAUAA